ACUGUUUCUUAGCAACGAGCUGCUCGUUCAAGCAGACUUGUAAAUAUACCUUUCGAAACGAUUCUGCCAAAUUUUAUUUUAUUGUAAAGGAGCCUAUUAAAAAAAUUAUGAAUUGAUAUGACCGAACGUAAACUUUCUUAUCAAACUAGUGCAUUGCCAAACUUAUCUACCGCAAGUGAAACCAGAAUCGAAAUUCGAAAGGAUUAUGAAUCAGGAGCCUACUUCAAAGGUGAAAUAAAAAAUGAUUUAAAAUGCGGUAGAGGAACUUUUGUUUGGCCAAAUGGUAUUCAGUAUGAGGGCGAAUUUAAAGAUAACGUUCGGUGUGGAUUAGGGAGACAACUAUGGCCUGAUGGAAGUGUCUACAAUGGAGAAUUUGUUGCCGAUUCCCGUCAGGGCCAGGGUCUUCAACAAUGGUCAAAUGGUGAGAGUUACGAAGGAAGCUUCUAUAGAGACAAAAGACACGGAUGGGGCCGAUAUACUUGGCCUGAUGGUUCUAGCUAUACAGGUCUAUUUUUUAUGAACAACAGAGAAGGUUAUGGGUCUUUUGUCAGUCAAGGAGAAGCUAAAUUCGACGGUCUAUACAAAAAUGACGAAAGAUUCGGACCUGGUGUUCAAACUUACAUAAAUGGAGAGCAGGAUGUUGGAUUAUGGGAGAGAGAGCGUUUAGUAAAAAUUUUAUCAAGCAUUGAAGGUUCCUUUUCAAUUAGAGACCAUAAAGAAUUCGAUUACAUCGCAGAAGACCAUUUUACAUUUAUUGAUGAUAUAUGUAAUGUAGGAGAACUCGAGAGAGAACCCAGGACUUUGGCUUUAAAAUGUCCUAUCUCUGAUACUAGAGUGCCAAAUAUUGAUGAUUUUGAAAUAGAGUAUUCCCAAAGUGCAUUAAGAAAUACUCAAACACCUUUUGAGGAGCAAAAACGACAAAUCAGUGCCAAAAGUUUGCAUUUAGAUGCUCAACCAAGCUCAGACAGUAUUAAAACAGAAGAAACUAGUGCCAAGGCUGAUUGUUUAGAAUCGGAAAUCUCUAAUGUUUCAUUAAAAUCUUCUAGUGUAAAAAAGUCACGAAGUUCAUCAAGAAAGAGUAAAUCUCCUGAAAAGAAAUCGAGAAUUUCUACUAGAGAAACUAGAGAAAGGAAAAGGGAUAUGAAUAGAAUAGUGGCUUGGAACAGAACAACUUCGCUUGUUAACAUGCAAAAGCAUAUAAUAAGGCAUAAACCUUAUCAACAUAAUGCCUCUUUUGAUAUGAAUAAAUUAUUAACUUUCAAGAGAGAUGGAUAUGGUUCACCAGGUUCUAUCGAGAAAGCUUCUGAGAGUUUUAUUCUGGCUGCUAAGUCUGGUGACGAAACGACAGUAGAUUUUCUUCUAUCUUCAAAGAAAGUCCACCCUGACGUUGCGGAUGUCUCUGGUUUUACCGCCUUGAUAAGUGCAGCUAUAAACUGGAGAACUGAAAUAAUUAAUAUCCUGUUAGAUGCAGGAGCCAACGUUAACAAGGUAACGGACGAAGGAGUGUCAGCAUUGGGUGCUUGUCAUGUAUUCUUUUAUCCAAACGAUACAUUCAAGCCUAACAUUGCCGAGAAAAGUUUAGCGGAGCUUCCUGAGGAUUUUCCUAGAGAGCCUGGUUAUGAUCCUUAUGAAGCUGUUAAAAAUAUUUUACAUGCUCAACAAAUGGAAAAGAGGAAAGAAUUAUCUAUUAUGAUUGAAAAAUCAAACAUAGAAACUAUAACUCCUCUCCAAAGGAAGAGAAUAGACAAGUUUCGUAAGGAAUACGAAGACGUAAAAUUCCCUGAGAUUGAGAGUCCGCAUCCUUCUCUAGUUCAACAAGUUGGAAUCGAUAGCAGCAUAUUAAAUGUAAAUAGAGCUGAGAAGGUAGACGUGGAAGAAAUUUUAGCAAUAACAGAAGAUGAUCUGGAAGCAAUUGAAUAUGGUAGAAAUAAAUAUGAUAGUACAACUGACGAUGUUGACAGAACCUCCGAAACUAAAUCUCCUCAACCAAUUGAAGAGUUCGAAUCGGGAAAUAGUAUCGAAAAUUUACAAAUUGAAGUUACUGAUGAAAUGAUAGAUAAAUAUGCAAAUGAAUUGCAUUCCAAUUCAAUGGUCGUUGACAGAAACAGGAGUGCAGCAAGUGGUAAAGAAAGCUUAGGUACAGUUCGAAGAUUAGCUAUUGAAAGAGCCGAGCAAGAUAUGAUGGCGGAGACUAUUCGGCUAUUAUUGAAAAGGGGAGCCGAUCCUAACUCAAGUAAUGUUCCAAUGCCAGUUAUAUUCUUCGCUAUCAAGGCUGCCGACGUUGAAGCUGUCAGAUUAUUAUUAUUAUGUAAAGCUAGCACAAGCGAGAAAUUACCGGACCAGAAAGGCGGUUUGGCACCCCUACACAUAGCUUCAGCCUUACCUGGCGAAGAGGGAGAACUUAUCACGGAAUUGUUAUUAAACGCUCUUGCAGAUCCAGAUGCAAGGGCUGCAGAAGAUGAUUCAUUCUUGAACACAACUUUGGAGGAAGAAUGGAUGAAAGAUAGGAUUAGUGAAGAGAGUCAGUCACGACUUGGAGGAAGAACUGCCCUACACAUCGCUUGUGCACGGGAAGAUAACUACAGAGUUUCUAGUAAAAUCGUUCAGCUUCUUUUAGAUCACCACGCUGAUCCAAAUCUAUUAGUUAAUGGCCAUUCCCCAUUAGCACUAGCCAUUAUUAGCGGUAAUGAUGGAGCUAUACACGAAUUACUUAAGAAAGGAGCGGACCCCAAUCUUACUCUAACCCACGGUGUUGGGACUGCUUUAUGCGUGGCCACAGUCACUGAGCAUGAAAACAGAAGAACUCCCCGAGAGAGAUUAAAGUUAAUAGACAAAUUGGUUUUAUCUGGAGCAGAUGUUUUAGCCCCAGUUCCUGUCGGACCGAAGAGAUCGAUGGGUACCGCAGUGGAUUAUGCCUAUUAUAACUUCAACCUUGAUAGAAGAAUUGCUCAUAUGCCGUAUCAUGCUUUGAAUCCGGCAGAAAGGUUAAUUUAUAAUUCUAGAAGAGAACUUUUAGCUCACGUAGGAUCAGUUUUACGACUUAAAGCCGUUGAAAGAGAGAAGAGGAAAAUUGAAGAGGAACAUAAAUCAGGCGAUACAAGCUCAAGUCCUAGUCGGAAUUUUGUAUAUACAGCCUCGGGAAGACAUCUCCCUCCAGGUAUGAAAGGAAAGGGAGGACGAUUGGUACCGGCUGGAGGCAUUGACGGUGAUCAUAUAUCGAAAGAAAGAGACGGAAUUAUAGUAAUAGACGCUACAGACGGAACACCACUUAGUUCCGUUUUAGCUAGACACGAUAGAAAGACCACAAAAAUCAGGAAAGCUCUUUUUAAAUACUGCUAUGAAUGUGGAAGAUCUGUUGGUGUCAAAUUAACUGCAUGUACUCGAUGCAAAGAAGUGUUCUACUGCUCAAAAGUCUGCAAAAUGAAGGCAUGGAAUGCAAGGCACAAGGAAGAAUGCAUACGUGUGGGUGGGGUAUCGCAAAGCCCAACUAAUAUGGCUCGUAAAGGAAGAAUUGAUAGUCCUACCCCUGCAACUGAUGCCAAUAAGGGAAAAGUACCUUUAAAACAAUUAAUGGAUCCUAGAGCUAUAAGAAAAGAGCAAAAGAAACGUGAAUCUAUCAUAACUUUCGAAGAUGAUAAAUUGAAACAAGUGCGCAAAGCACCACCUGUCGGGUACGGCAGUUCAAAUGACACACGUAUGAAAGAAGCUGCUGGUUUAACAAAUCUUAAAAGGGGACUUCUGGAACAAGUUUUUGGGGAAAAAGCUGUUGCAAAAAUGUUAAAGGGUUCUGGAAAGCAUAUCAAUUUUGCCGACUUUCAAGGUGGCUUUGUACGUGAUCCAGAAACUGGGAAAAUGGUUUGGGUUGAUAACUACAAGCAACUAAAAGAUAUGAGAUUCAAGACAAGUCUUCUAAAAGAGCCUAAGCAUACCGAAUUGGUCAGCUGCGUUGGAUGGACGACACCGGAGGAGGUGUAUUCAGCUUCAGAUGACCAUCAAAUUUUGAAAUGGAAUGUUUCCGGAGAAUCAUCAGUCUUAGCAAAGCUACCGGAAGAUGUUUUUCCAACGGACAUGCACUGGUUCCCUAAGACAGUAACAGGUGGUGGAAAGAAACAAGGAGGAUCUGAUCUGUUCGUAUUAGGUUCUUGUGAUGGAAAGCUGCUCCUGGUCACAAAAGGAGGAAGAAUUGAAAAGACGGUGGAUGCGCAUAGAGGAGCAGUGCUAUCAACAAGGUGGAGUUAUGAUGGCACAGCCUUAGUAUCAACCGGAGAAGAUGGUCAAGUUAAAAUAUGGUCUCGUAGUGGAAUGUUAAGAUCUACCUUAUCUCAAAUAACGUCUCCUAUCUAUGCUGCAUGUUGGAAUCCCGAUAACGAUCAUAUCCUGCAUACUAAUGGUAAAAAUCUUGUUAUUAAACCCCUUCAGCCGAAUGCUAAAGCUAAUACUUGGAAAGGUCAUGAUGGAUUGAUUAUUAGCAUCGAUUGGAAUCAAGUAAACAAUCUUAUAGUUUCCGGUGGAGAAGAUUGUAAAUACAAGGUUUGGGAUAGCUAUGGAAGGCAAUUGUACUCCAGUCCUAUACAUGAUUAUCCAAUCACCGCAAUUUCUUGGUCUGUGGAUGGGCAAUUGUUUGCAGUAGGAUCAUUUAAUACUCUAAGACUAUGUGAUAGAACAGGGUGGUCUUAUUCGUUGGAGAAACCUAAUACAGGCAGUGUGUUUAGUUUAGCCUGGUCAAGCGAUAGUACCCAAGUUUCCGGAGCAUGUGGAAAUGGUCAGGUUAUUUUUGCACAUGUCAUAGAGAACCGAAUUGAAUGGAAAAAUUAUGAAGUGACUGUUGUUGCUCGCAAAACGAUAAAUGUUAGAAACGUUACAAAUGACGCUAAAGAAAAAUUGGACUUUCGAGAUAGGAUUAUUAAAGUAUCAAUAGGAUAUAAAUAUCUUGUAGUUGCUACAGCAACACAAUGUUACAUUUAUGCGACAAAAAAUUGGAAUACCCCUAUUAUAUUUGAUUUGAAAGAAGGCAGCAUUACUCUAAUUGUGCAAUCGGAAAAAUAUUUACUAUUGGUUGAUGGAUCAAGCGUCUACAUAUACAGCUACGAAGGUAGAUUAAUUUGUACGCCUCGUUUCAAUGGAAUGCGAACGGAUAUCCUAAACUUUCAUACUAUAUCUCUAAGUGAUGAUACCUUAGCCAUCAGAGAUAAAACUGAUGAGAAACUUAUUCAUCUCUUCGAUACAUCGACUGGUAAAGCUUUGGGAGAUGGGAAACCUAUUUCUCAUUCAGUCGAAGUUAUUGAAAUUUCCCUUGAUCAGAGUGGCAUUGCGAAUGAACGUCGUUUAGCAGUUAUCGACAAAAAUAGAGAUCUAUGGCUUGUUCAAGUUAGAGUAUUCGGUUCCGCAAGAAAAAUUGUCAAGCUAUGCACUAUGAUUCAAACUGUUAGAUGGAGCGAUGAAAGCUCUAUGUUGGCUGCAAUGGGAGAAGGCAAGGUUAAUAUUUGGUAUUACCCAAAUGCAGUGUACGUUGAUAGAGAUAUGCUACACAAGAUAGUUGUCUCGAAAGAUGCCAGUCAGUUCGGUAAGAGCCCACAACUUGUUAGUUUCUAUGGAAAUACCUUAACACUACGACGAAAUGAUGGAUCGCUUGUUACGACGUCAGUCUCUCCAUAUCCAGCUGUGCUGCAUUCACAUGUUAAUCAAUCGAAGUGGGAUGAUGCUACUCGUCUCUGCAGAUUUGUCGAUGAAGAAAGUCUGUGGGCAUGUUUAGCUGCUAUGUCAGCCUAUGCUAAAGAUUUAACAACAGCCGAAAUAGCCUACGCAGCUUUGGACGAGGCGGAUAAAGUGCAAUUUAUUCAACAAAUUAAAGAAAUUCCAGUUAAGGAAGCAAGAAAUGCCGAAAUGGCCUUAUUAUGCGGCAGUCCUCAAGAUGCUGAGUCUAUUCUACUUCAGGCGGCUCUAAUUUUUCGAGCAAUUAUGCUUAAUAUUCAUUUAUAUAAUUGGGAAAGAGCACUGGAAUUGGCGGUCAAGCAUAAAACUCAUGUUGAUACAGUGAUUGGCUAUCGUAAGAAAUAUCUAGAGGAUUUCGACAGAAAAGAGAGCAAUCAACGUUUCAUACAAUUUUCAGAAGGCGUAAAAAUCGAAUGGGAAAAGAUUGAUGCCAAAAUCGAAGCAGAAUAUCAACAAGAACGAGAAAGACCUGCUGUAUCACAGACCCCAGCUAGAACAACUUCCGGAAGUAGAACAAAAGCCAAGUAG